AUGUAAUAAAUAACAAAUUAGAAGUUUGAGUCACUAAGAGAACAAUUGGCAUCAUCUUAUAAAUAAUCUCAAAUAUUUUCAACUAGUAAAUAUCAUAAUCAACUUUAUUCAUCUUCAAUAAUUAUAAGUGAGAGCAGUUUUUUGGAAUAGAGUUAACUUGCAUAAGAUUAAGAAUAAGAAUAAGGAACAUUACCCUCCUCUGUAAAAGCUAUGAAAAAAAAAAAAUAAUAUGCUCGAGUGGUAUUGAUUUUACUCAUUUUUAUAGAUGGAUUCAUAAUACAACUUAAAAGAACUACUUUAAAGUAAUAAUAAAAGCAUAAUCCCAAAAAUCAUUAUAAUAUAGAGAAACUAUAGGAGAUAUUUAUAUAUGAAAUUAUUCCAUAAAAAACUUAGAUAACUAAGAAAUAGGAAAUUUGUCGUUGUUGAAUUUCAUUAAGUAGAAAAGAAUUAUAAUGAAGACUUAACUAUCAUUGUUGAUAGAUUGAUGUCAGAUAUCAAGUAAUAGAUUAAAAUGUUAUUUAGUAAGGUGUAAUUCAAUUUUGACUUAAGAUGAGUUAUUAUCACUAUUUUUAAAUAUUGAACAAAUACAAAAACUAAAUUGCAAAUUUUAUCUAACCAUAUAAUGUAAUUUAUAAUUCUAUCUAAGAAAUUUUACAAAAAUAUAAACACUUUAUUAUUAUCUCAUAACAAUUCAAAAUUUAUAUUCCUUUUUUUAAGAUCUAUUAUGAGUAUUGUAGUAGAUUUUAAUUAGAAUAUAUAAAUAAACUACGCAACAGUAAAGUAGAAAAUUAAUAUUAUUUUUAGGCAGAAUUCAACUUAUACAUUUAGAACAUAGAAGCUAGUGGACUACUUAAGGGUUUGACAUUUGAAUCAUUUCUUGUUAAACCUGUAUAAUAAUUACCUAGAUAUGUGUUGAUGAUAGAAAAGUUACUUAAAUAUACUGAAUUGAAUCAUCCUGAUUACAAUGGUCUUAGAUAGAUACAAGAAUAAUUCUGUAAAAUCAAUGAAUAAAUCAAUUAAAUGAUGAAUACGUAAUCAAUUUCAUUAAUAGUUUUAUAGAACUUAAAGUAAUUUGAAAUUACUGGCGUAAUUCGGAACAAUUGAUUAAUAGGAAAUUGAGAUGAUCUAAAAAAAGUAGCAAGAAGAAGAAUAAUUCCUAAAAAAAUUAUAAUAAUAAGUUUCAAUUUAAAUUGUUUCAACUUUUAAAUAAAAGGAUGGAAUUCAUACAUUCAUUAUUUACAUAAUCUAAGUAUCUAUAUCUUAUAUUUUAAAAGAUUUAAAUAAAUAAUUACAGGAUUAGAACAUAUCAAAGAUAUAGUGAUAUAAUUGAAUUAUAAAAUAUAUUAUUGGAUAGAAAUUUUAGAAUUGAUUAAUUUCAAACUAACUGUUUAAAUUUAAUUUCAGAAGAUAAUUUAAUCAAAGUACGCUAAGAAUCAAUAAUAAAUUUCCUAAAAUCUAUAUUUUUGAAUAAAUAAAUGAAAAAAUAUGAAGAUAUUCUCAUUUAACAUUUAGAUCUACCUGAAAAUUUCUUUUAAUUAGAUAAAGAUCGCAAUGAAACUUCGGUUACAAUGAGAGGCAGUUAUACAACUUAAAUGAGAAAUACUUUAUUUUAAGAAGAUGAGCUUGAAAUUAUUGUAAUUUUACCAGAUGAUAAAAGUAUUACUUUAUAAAUAACUAAACAUUGCAAAACUAUAGAUUUAAUAGAUACAGUUUGCAGAUCAAUAUUUUUAGAUAGAAACUUUGAUUUCAAAUUGAUGAUUCUUCAAAACAAUAAUUGCAGAUAUUUAGAUGACAAUGAAGUUGUUUAUAAAGUAAUGAAAAAUUACAAUCACAAAAAAAGAAGUAUAAUAAUUAUAUUAAUAUUAUUAGAUAUUAUGUCUAAAUUAUUAAAUGAAAUAUAUUAUUCUGUAAGUUCUCAGUCAUAACCAAAAUUUUAUUUAAAGAAAUAUUUAUAUCUCUGUUAUGAAAAUGAAUUUUAAGAAUUUAAUAAAAAUAAAAGAAGAUCCCUAUUAUUAUUUUAUUAAGAAUUAUCAUAAUUAAAGUUUAAUAAUUCUCAUUUGAAUCAACAAGAUUAUGUAAUACAAUGUGCAUUAGCAAUUUGUAUUCUUUAUAAUAAUGAAAUACAUAAAAUUAAAACAUAUGAAUAAGUGAGAAUGUAAUGGUUUCAGAACUUUGUACCUUUAUUAAUUUUAAAUAGUGUAAAUAAAAUUGAUUGGAAAAAAUAAAUAUUUGAAUAAAUUAAGAAAAUUUUAAUUGAAUUACAAGAAUUAUAAAAUCAAUAAGAAUGUAGAAAUGAAAUAAGAAUAUUAGAAAUUUAAUUCCUUAAUAAUCUUUAUAAAUAAAAAUUACAUGGAAUAAAGAUAUUUAGAGUAAAAAUGUUAUAUAAUUCAUUUUUAAAUAAAUAAAAAAGAAUGCCAAUUAAAGUAUCUCUAGGUAUUCUACAUAAUGAAAUAUUGAUAUUUGAAUUAAAUCAAUAAAUUCCAUUAAUGUAAUUGUCAAUUUAGUAAUUACAGUCAAUAUCUAUUUAGAAUAGUGUAAUAGUAAUUACUUUUCUUGAAGGAAUAAUUACAUUUUAACAUUAAUAAAUUAUUGAAGUCUAUAGAUUAAUGGAGGAAUAUUAAUAAAUAAAUCUUUUAAAAGAGAAAUUAGGUUAUCCAGAAACAAACGAUGUAAGUUAAUGUAAAAUUAUAUGA